AUGAGACUUAUUUUGUUUACAAGGGACAAACAUCCGGAAAAAUCGAUCAAAGGUGAAGUUGUAUUUUUCGGUCCGCGAAUGGUUUGUGAUGUUUUUCGGCUUGCAAAAGAAAAUGCACCUGCAAAUAUUUUCAUUGAAGAGGUAGAUACAAUUGCUACCGCUAGAUUUGAUGCUCAAACUGGAGCUGGUCAAGAGGUUCAGCGAAUUCUCAUGGAACUUUUGAAUCAGAUGGAUGGAUUUGACCAGACAGUUAAUACGAAGGUUUUCAUGGCAACUAACCGAGCUGACACUUUGGACCCUGCCAUCUUACAUCUGGGAAGACUUGAUCAUAAUAUUGAGUUCCCUUUGCCAGAUAGAUGUCAGAAGAGGCUCGUCCGUCAGGUUUGCACUGCUAAAAUGAAUUUAAGUGAUGAGUUAGAUUUAGAGGACUAUGUGUCUCGACCAUAUAAAAUCCAUGCAGCUGAGAUCGCAGCUAUUUGCCAAGAAACAGGUAUGCUUGCAGUAAGAAAAAAUCGCUAUGUUAUAUUCCCAAAAGAUUUCGAGAAGAGUUACAAAUCCAAUGUGAAAAAACCUGACUCUGAUUUCGAGUUCUACAAGUGA